AAACGGCAAGAGCAUGGAGGUGGCACCGCAGCGCUUCGUCGACGACCUGCAAGCGUCGCUGGCGCGCCGGCCCGUACGCGUCCUCGACGGCGCCCGCAUGGCCAGCGUCGCCGCCGUGCUCCGCGUCGACGGCGACCGCGUCCGGCUGCUCUUCAUUCGCCGCGCUGUGAAUCCGCGCGACCGGUGGAGCGGCCAGAUCGCCUUUCCCGGCGGCAAGUGCGAGGCCAACGAGACGUCCCUCGAGACUGCGAUGCGCGAAGCCAAGGAGGAGGUCGGUCUCGACCUCGCAUCGGCCACGUGGCUUGGGCAGCUGCCAGACCGCGUGGCGACGAGCGGCAACAAGAUGGUUGUGAGUACACACGUCUUCCUCUGGGCGGAGACGGCGGCGCCGUCCUUUUCUCUGCAGACGUCCGAGGUCAGCGCCGCCUUUUGGGUCGACGUCGACCACCUGCUCACGGCACGCCCGCGCGAGCUGCGCAUUCGUCUCGACGCCAUGAUGCGCCGCACGAGCGAGGCGUCGCUUCUUCACCGCCUCUUGUGCCUCCUCGGAUGGACGACGAUCAAGUUUCCUUGUAUUUACCUCCCGCUGCCGCACCAAACGUGCAGCGACGACGAGGCAAGCCACCGCGGUGCCGACGAGUAUGUGCUCUGGGGCCUCACGUACGGCAUGGUGCUGGACCUUUUCAAGGACGUUCCCGGGGCCCGCCACCGCCCCGCGUCGUCUCUCUUGCUGGUCUACAAGCACAGCCAGCGCUACCCGCUUCUUGUGCUUCUCCACGCAAUGAGCGCCGUUCUCAUGUGCUACGCCAUGGCCAAGCUCUGAUGGAGAACUGCGUCGUGGUAUGACAUCCUUCUGCAUACGACUAAGCAGAGUUGAUGAAUACGACAAAACACUCGACCUUGCAC